AUUAAGACUUAUACUCUCUCAUUUAUAUAAUACUAAGCUUUAUUUCUUACAUUAUGGUUUUUAUUAAUCUGUUAACUACUUGUUACUUUGCAGGCAGAACUAUUACUCGAAGAGCUUCGAAUAAUAUCGUGCUACGAUCUCAUUGAGCGCUUCUGCGAUUGUAUCUCUGAAAAUCUCCCACUAAUGCUGAAGAAAAGGGAGUGUCCUGAAGAAUGUAGAGAAGCUGUUUCCUCUUUGAUAUAUGCAACGGCGUGGGUUCCUGAUGUUCCUGAACUUAAGGAUCUUAGAGCCGUGUUUACGAAAAGAUUUGGAAAUUUCACAGCUUCAUCUGUAAAUCAUGAGCUAGUUGAGAAAACUGGAUCGAGAAGACUACCUUCACGGGAGCUCAAGUUUCAGACUUUGAAAGAUAUUGCGAAUGAGUUUUCCAUUAACUGGGAUCCUACAGCUCUGAAACUGAUGCUGCUCACAGAGACUUCAGCUCUGCAGAUUGAAGGGAAGAUGGAGACAGGAGCUGACGGUCCGAAGAUUGAAAGAGAGAAAAGUAUCAUAGAUGAUCAAAGCGAGGACGAAUCGGUUCUUUCAGAGAGUACUUGGAGAGGAGAUUUAUUGUCCAAAGGCAGUUUUAGUUCUAGUUCUAGUUCAAGCUCGAGCCCGAGUUCUCUAAGAAGAGAAUCUGUAAGGAAGAAGAAGAAGAGGAAGGAGAUUUUACCUUACGGAAUAAUCUCUCCUACAUACAAUGAUGAGAAAACACAGGAGGAGAAAGAAGAGUGAAAGAGUAUUGAUCAAGAAAACUCAAGGUUUCUUGGAAUACAAGGCAGUAAGAGUCUCACAAGCACAAGCAAUAACGAAGUUUCCACAACAAGAGAGAACGAGAGAACGUCAUCGUUUCAGAGUCCAAAGCUCCUGGAUUAUGAUGACGUUGUCGCUCGUCUUGCAGCUAUGCGCCGGAGAUAAGAACGUACUAAUUUAAUAAGGGUUUCUUAGUUCUCGUAGUUAAAACUAGUACUUACUAAUUUUACUAAUUAGAAUUUUCGUUGAAUAUGUAAUUAUCCUUAUGACUUUGUUCGUUGUAAUUAGUCCAGUAGUUGAAUCUUUUCACAGAAAAAAAGUUGAAAGUUUAAUGAUAAAAUUGUUAUCAAA